CAUCUCUUAGCUUUUUUCUCUUUUUAACGCGAAAUUCCAGUAAAACCCGAUACGCCUGAAAAGACCCCCAAAGCCCAUUGCGAUCAAUUAUCCGAGCAAGUAGGGUUUCGAUCUUCCCCAAUUUGUCUCAAUUCCCUCUCUUUUUUCAAGGGUUUAGAGGGUAUCAGAAAAUGCAGGGAGGCAGAGGUGGAAGGGAUCCUUUUUUUUAUUUUGGUGACCAAUUUGGUGGUUUUGGGGGCUUUGGAGGCUUUGGUGGUCCUAGAAGUUUACUCUCCAAUGUCUUUGGAGGAAGGGACCCUUUUGAUGACCCUUUCUUCACACGACCCUUUGGAGGCAUGUUUGAAUCAAGCUUCUUUGGCCCCGGCCAAAGUCCUUUCCCUGCUAUGCAUCCAAAUGGGUUUAUUGAGCAUCAGCCUCCGGAGCCUAAGAGAUCAAGAGGUCCAACUAUCCAAGAACUAAAUUCUGAUGAUGAAAAAGAAGAAGCAGAUAAAGAGAAGAAAGAAAAUCCAAGAAAGCAUGGUAGGUCGAAUGAUGAACCUUAUGUGGAGGUUCCAGAUGAUGAAGCUGGACAGUCUGAGAGAAGGAGCAGGCAUUUGCAAUAUAUGAAUGGUUACAAUAGUUUGUAUGAUAUACAACAGCAACAGCCUCAAACUCAUAGCUUUGCGUUUCAGAGCUCCACUGUCACUUAUGGUGGUGCUAAUGGAGCUUACUAUACUUCAUCCAAAACAAGGAGGACUGGAAGUGAUGGGGUCACAUUUGAAGAAAGCAAAGAAGCUGAUACAACCACAAGACAAGCAACCCACAGGGUUUCUAGGGGACUUCAUGCCAAGGGUCAUUCAGUCACAAGAAAUCUGAAAUCAGAUGGUAGGGUGGAUACAAUGCAAACCUUGCACAAUCUGAAUGAAGAUGAGCUUGCUGGUUUUGAAGAAGCUUGGAAUGGAAAUGCUAGAAAGCAUUUGCCUGGCUUGUCUGGGAAUUUUAUUGGCCAUGAUAGUAUGGGGGCUGGUCGCGGUGGACAGAAUGGGCAGGCAGGUCAGGGAGGAUGGGCACUUCCUUCCAAUGAGUGUCCUCAGCAGUCAGGGAGAGUGAUGCUGGAUGCCAGAGACAGGGCAGGGCCCUCAAGCAGCCAGCAGUCUAUGAGGAUGAGAGGUUCGACAGUUUUGAAAGAUAAGAGUUCUUACGCACAAGGGAAGCGAAGGGGCUAAGUUGGAAGGCACCGAGUAGAUCUUGCAGUGAAGAGGGCAUUGCCUUUUCUCACACAGCAUUCUAUGCUUGAUCAUAGCCAUCUUUUAUAGUUUAGAGCACUUUGUUUUUCCCUUUAGUAUUCAGCUCUACAGUUGCAUAUUUUAUGAGGUCUGUUGUAGCGGGGUUUUUUGCUUUUGAGGUGCUUAAUGCAGAGAGGUUUAUAUAGUUGCUGCAAAUGAUGCCCUUCUAAGUUUCAAGUAUUGACACAUUAUGAUAUCGUGUUUUCAGUAUAUAAAGUUUGCAAUUUGAGAUGAUUGCGGAUUU